AUGGCCGGUUCUUCGUCAGCUGGCGACUCUAUCACAAUGGUGAUCACUGCUGAUGGUAGUCUCAAGCUUACAGACGCAACAGGCGAAACGUUCUCGUUUGACCGCGAUCAAUUGGCUGCUUUACGCAUUGAUGUGAACAACCUAACUGAUGACAGUAUUCAGCAAAUUGUUCAGCUGGCCAUGCCAGCAAUUAAUGUAGGCAAUAAGAAUAUGGAGCUCUCGAAAGCUGAGAUGGAUCGCUCCAGAAGGUCUCAUUCUAUGGUCAAUGGAGAAUCGCAGAAUACAUCGUUCAAAAGCAAUGUUGUGAGCGAUUCACCAAAUGUCAACCAGCACCUGCAAAUUCGGUCUUCCAAUCAAGGGAGUCCACGAAAUGCAUUUGUUCGUUAUGUGAAGAACGGAAAAUGCAAGGUGCAAUAUGACGACGGUCGUUUUGAGUGGAUCGGCGAGGACGCUGGAGAUCCUUGCGAAGUACGACCUGUGCAGCAUUCGGAUCACUCUGGAUACCAUGCUGGUGCAUUGCCUCGGGAAAGUGAAGCUUCUACCGUAAUUGUGGACUCGCCACAUUUGAAGCGACCGUGUUCUGCAGAUGCAGCGUUCAGCGGGCCCAUACCACCAAAAACGACGAGGUCUUGA